CUCUGCAGAGAGUAAUGGCAUGAGCUUAGCACUGCAAUCAGGGCAAGCUACUGUAUACCACGCUGUGGAAAGUACAUUACUACUGUGCGAACUUCGGCAAAUCUUUUCAAGGCACAAACAGGACUAAGACACACCUGGAGGAGACAUAUUUACGUUUCAAACCGUGCAUCGAAACCCUGUCAUCAGCUCAAGAUUUCUUUUGUCCAUUAAAAAAUAAAUAAAUAAACGGGAUAUGUUGCUGGACAUGUGAAUUUAAGGAGUAACUGCUACCCCCCAAAAAAAUGAAGCCAACCACUCUGUACUGCUUCGGCUUGCUGUUCAGUUUUGUGAUCGUCAGGAUCAGCUCAUCGCAGUCAGUAUGUGCUGGGACAGAAAACAAGCUGAGCACGCUGUCAGACCUGGAGCAGCAGUACCGGACUCUGCGCAAAUACUAUGAGAACUGCGAGGUGGUUAUGGGAAACCUGGAGAUCACCAGUAUUGAUCGCAACCGAGACCUCUCCUUCUUACGGUCAAUACGGGAGGUGACAGGCUACGUGCUGGUGGCUCUGAACCAGUUUGACUACUUGCCACUGGAAAAUCUGCGGAUCAUCCGCGGCACUAAGCUGUACGAGGAUCGGUACUCCCUGGCCAUUUUCCUUAACUACCGCAAAGAUGGCAACUUUGGCCUGCGUCAGCUUGGACUGAAGAACCUCACAGAAAUCCUCAAUGGCGGUGUGUAUGUGGACCAGAACAAGUUCCUGUGCCACGCCGACACCAUCCACUGGCAAGAUAUUGUCAAGAACCCACGCUCAGAGCUCCUAGUCGUGCCCACCAACAGCAGCAUUGGAUGUGGGCGGUGCCACAGGUCGUGCACAGGGCGCUGCUGGGGACCGCGGGAGGAUCAGUGCCAGAGCCUGACAAAGACCGUAUGCGCAGAGCAGUGUGAUGGCAGGUGUUUUGGGCCAUAUGUCAGUGACUGCUGCCACCGGGAGUGUGCUGGGGGCUGCUCUGGGCCUAAAGACACAGACUGCUUCGCCUGCACAAACUUCAAUGACAGUGGGGCCUGUGUCACCCAGUGUCCACAGCCCUUUGUGUAUAACCCCACCACCUUCCAGCUGGAGCACAACCCGAAGGCCAAGUACACCUAUGGGGCGUUCUGUGUCAAGAAGUGCCCACACAACUUUGUGGUGGAUCACAGCUCCUGUGUACGUGCCUGCCCCAGCAACAAAAUGGAGGUGGAGGAGAACAGGAUUAAAAUGUGCAUUCCCUGCACAGACAUUUGUCCCAAAGCUUGUGAUGGCAUUGGUACAGGCAGCCUACAGUCAGCACAGACCGUGGACUCCAGCAACAUAGACAAGUUUGUGAACUGCACAAAGAUCAAUGGGAAUCUGGUCUUUCUCAUCACAGGCAUAAAAGGGGAUGUGUAUCAUGGCAUCGAGGCGCUCGACCCAGAGAAGCUCAAUGUGUUCAAGACCGUACGAGAGAUCACAGGCUUCCUGAACAUCCAGUCCUGGCCUGAGAACAUGACCGACUUCAGUGUAUUCUCCAACCUGGCCACCAUCGGGGGCAGAUCAUUGUACAGCGGGAUCUCAUUGCUGAUCCUCAAGCAGCAAUGGAUCUCCUCUCUGCAGCUCCAGUCGCUGAAGGAGAUCAGCGCAGGGAACGUCUACAUCACCAACAACACCCAGCUGUGCUACUACCACACUGUCAACUGGACCAGUCUGUUCAGGACCAGCAACCAGAAGGCCCUCAUCCGUAACAACCGAGACUCCAAUGAGUGCAUUGCAGACAGGAUGGUGUGCAACCCUCUGUGUUCGGAUGAUGGUUGCUGGGGCCCAGGGCCAGACCAGUGCCUGUUCUGCCGAUUCUUCAGCCGAGGGAAGACCUGUGUGGAUUCCUGCAACCUCUACGAAGGGGAUAUCCGGGAGUUUGCCAAUGGAUCAGUGUGCCUGGAGUGUGACUCCCAGUGUGAGAAGGCAGAGGAUAAUAUGUUAACCUGCCAUGGCCCGGGCCCAGAUCACUGCGCGAAGUGUUCUCAUUUCAAAGACGGCCCCAACUGUGUGGAGAAAUGCCCCGAUGGCCUGCAAGGUGCCAACAGCUUCAUUUUCAAGUACGCUGAGGCCAACAAUGAGUGCCACCCCUGCCACUCCAACUGCACCCAGGGGUGCGUCGGACCACGAAUCCAAGACUGCAUAGGGAUGAUGGAUAGGACUCCCCUCAUAGCAGCGGGUGUGAUCGGAGGCCUAUUUGUGGUAGUCAUCGUGGCACUGAGUGUGGCUGUUUACAUUCGCCGGAAGAGCAUUAAGAAGAAAAGAGCCCUACGAAGAUUUCUGGAGACAGAGCUGGUGGAGCCCCUGACUCCCAGUGGCACGGCCCCCAAUCAAGCCCAGCUACGCAUUCUGAAAGAGACGGAGCUUAAGAAGGUGAAGGUGUUGGGCACGGGGGCUUUUGGUACUGUUUACAAGGGUAUCUGGGUUCCAGAAGGAGAGUCUGUGAAAAUCCCUGUGGCCAUAAAAAUCCUCAAUGAAACUACAGGACCCAAAGCCAAUGUGGAGUUUAUGGAUGAGGCUCUGAUCAUGGCCAGCAUGGAGCAUCCUCACUUGGUUCGCCUGCUGGGGGUGUGUCUAAGCCCCACCAUCCAGCUGGUCACUCAGCUCAUGCCUCACGGCUGCCUGCUGGACUAUGUAAAUGAGCACAAGGACAACAUUGGAUCGCAGCUGCUGCUCAACUGGUGUGUCCAGAUUGCCAAGGGGAUGAUGUACCUGGAGGAGAGAAGGCUGGUCCACAGAGACUUGGCAGCCAGGAAUGUGCUGGUUAAAUCACCCAAUUACAUCAAGAUCACGGAUUUUGGCCUAGCACGCCUGCUGGACGGGGACGAGAAGGAGUACAACGCUGAUGGGGGCAAGAUGCCAAUCAAGUGGAUGGCACUGGAGUGUAUCCACUACAGGAAGUUCACGCACCAGAGUGACGUGUGGAGCUAUGGAGUAACUAUUUGGGAGCUGAUGACUUUCGGAGGGAAGCCCUACGAUGGAAUUCCAACCCGGGAAAUCCCAGACAUCCUGGAAAAGGGGGAGCGCCUUCCUCAGCCACCCAUCUGUACCAUAGAUGUGUAUAUGGUCAUGGUGAAAUGCUGGAUGAUUGACGCGGACAGCAGACCCAAGUUCAAGGAGCUGGCAGCAGAAUUCAGCAGGAUGGCUCGGGACCCGCAGCGCUAUCUGGUCAUUCAGGGGGAUGACCGAAUGAAGCUACCCAGCCCCAAUGACAGCAAGUUCUUCCAGAGCCUGUUGGAUGAGGAGGAGCUAGAUGACUUGAUGGAUGCAGAGGAGUAUCUGGUCCCUCAGGCCUUCAACCUCCCCCCUCCAUCGUACACCCCCCGUCCUCGUGUUGACUCCAACAGGAAUCAAUUUGUGUACCGGGACGGGGGCUUUAAUGCAGAGGAAAUGAUUCCAGCUCUCCCACGGGCUGUCCAGCCUGGUGCCGCCCCUGAGCCUCCGGCAGUGCAGGGGGCAACCCUGGAGUCGUUCGAUGACCCGCGGUGCAAUGGUACACUGAGGAAGCAAGUGUCCCCACGGCAAUGUGAGGACAGCAGCACCCAGCGCUACAGCGCAGACCCCACUGUCUUCCUGGGGGAGCGCAGCCCACGAGGAGAGAUGGACGAGGAUGGGUACAUGACGCCCAUGAAGGACAAGACGCCCACAGAUUAUCUGAACCCAGUAGAGGAAAACCCCUUCGUCACACGCCGCAGGAAUGGAGACGUUCAUGCACUGGACAACCCAGGAUACCACAGCGCCCCCAAUGGGCAACCCAAGGUGGAAGACGAGUACGUGAACGAGCCUCUGUACCUCAACACGUUCCACAACAAGGCUGAGAAGAACCCCGAAUUCCUCAAGAAAAAUGAGUUGCCCCCCCCUGUCACUGCCACCACCACGGGCACCAUGGUUGACAAGAAGCCGAAAAAGACUUUUGACAAUCCCGAAUACUGGCACCACAGUCUUCCCCCCAAGGCCACCCUACACAACCCAGAUUACCUACAGGAAUGCAACACCAAGUUCUUCUACAAACAGAAUGGGCGCAUAAGGCCAGUGGUAGCGGAGAACCCAGAGUACUUGUCCGAGUACGCUCUGAAGCCUAGCACAGUGCUGCCACCCCCACCAUACCGUCAGAGGAACACUGUGGUGUAGCGGCUGGGGUGUGUGCUUUCUCCAGCUAGCAGGAGGAAGGGGCCUGGUCUUCAUAGCCUUUUUCCUUUGCGAGCAUUCUGAGACUUUGUGUUUCCUCCCAACUGGAAGAAAACAAUUCCAAAAGAAAUGAAAAGAGACGAUACAUCACUGGGACGCCCACUUGAAGCAGCAUUCCUCCAACUAGCUGUGGAAGAGGACUUUGCACUUCAGUCAAUCUGAAGCAAGCAUCAGACUCUCCUGGUUACCUUCCCAAUUUCUUGAGAAAUGAACAACAAAAAGAACUGAGUGCUUCUUAGCGUGGCCCUCAUUUCCUGCUUGCAAGAGGCAACAACAAACACAGUUUGUUGAAGGCUGGGUGUGGCACAUUGGCCCUGAAUAAUUCUGUUCAUCUUCCCCGUCUUCAUACAAAUGAGCAAAGUUCAAGCAAUAUGGAGACAAGCAGCCAUGUUAUAUAAAGGCUGUUCCAACAGCAGUCAGUUGUUUAAACCUGAAAACUCAUGCUUUGGACACUGACAAAGGAACUUUGCAUUAAAACCUGCAGAGCUUGUGUAGAUGAAAAAAAGAAAACCACUGGGUGGUGAUUUUAAAAUGGGUUUAGGUCCCCAACUAUUGUUCAGUUAAUAAGAGGGUCCUACUCUUGAGCUUCUUUUAUAACUAUAAUUCCUAGCCAACUGACUGACCUUUUAUGUAAAGGAAAAUGAACCAGUACAUAAAGAAAUAUUUACAUUUCUGAUAUAUAUAAUUUUUUUAAAUUAGUACAGUACUGGUUCGGUAGAUAAUUCACUUUAUUUUCAGUGUACACAGCCCUGUGUAAUACGCAGAAUGGUCAAUCUCCUCGGGUUCAUCAGUUUGUAUGUGCUUUCACUAUGCUGUUAUGAUUAUAUGAUGAGAUACUCAUCUGCAUUUGACUUAUUACUUAUGGCUUAUGUAAUAGCACAUUUAUCGUCCCCCAAUAAAGGUUCAGUCAAAACUAGCAAAGUGCAAUAUGUUAUGCUGAAGAAUCUCAAUAAUAGAAUAUGCAUAUGAAUUAUGGUUUUAAACAGAAGCUCUACUUGGGACAGUAACCACUACAGGUGGUUCCAAUUAAGGAACAAUACAGUCACAUCAUAAAUGCAGAGAAUACAAUUAUGGUUGUUCAUAUAAUAACUGGAAUUAAUGAAGUCUCUUCCUUUGAUGACAGUGUGAAGUGAACCCCCAAACAAAGCUGCAGCCAUUGUCUGCCCAGUACUGCAGCAUCAGAGAAUAUAUUGACCACAAAUUGUAGGGUGGCUCAAUCCAUAGUGACUACGAGGACAUCAGUGAAUGUCUUCUACAGUUUCAUCUUGGCUUACAAAAUGAACAAAAAAGACCAUGACCAAUACUUUAACAAGUAUUUUAAAAAGUUGCAUAUCAUCUUUAUAGAAGACAUCUUCAAUUCAACUGCUAGAAUUACUUCAUUUUUUCCAAGUUAAUGGAUUUUUUAAUUCACAGGGAGCCAUUGAACAGAAACCCACACAUAGACUCGUGGACACUCAAACACACACAGAAGGAUAUUUCAUAUUAUAUAUGAAACUUGUGGCAUAAAAUCUGUAAUAUUCCAUGUUAUGUACAAAAGGCUCGACAGCAAACUUUUUAGUUUGUAGAGGUUCAUGGGACUGUGAAGGAAGAAACACUUACCUUUUGUGUUACCGCUUUAAUGAAGAAUGCAAGUGAGGUUAGGGAGAGAUGAGCCUGAGACUCAUCAAAAUUAGACGCUGGUUUUAAAGGCACAUUAGCAAGUCUCUUUUCUAUUCUGUAAUUAAGUCAUUGCCUCAUGGUGAAGCCUUGAGAUCAAACUGCACUCUUGGGUCAUGGCUCUCAAACAGUUGUCGCACACUGUUCUGCAAGAGGAGAGGAUCAGCCAAGAGGACUACAGAAAUUCCACAUGAAAGUUGAUUUUAUUACUGCCAUAAGGUCUUCAGCUGUGAGGUACAAACUUGUGAGGAUGUAGCUUUAGAUCUACAUUCAGUAGUGAUUUAAAGUGCAGAACUAAGGGUUUUGGUGUUUUAAAUCUCGAAAACAGAAAACGUAUGAUGAUCACAAUAGCACCUGUGCAGUGUAACAGUAUAUUAAGCAGAGUAGUAGGAUGAGGAUUAUUUGUAAACUGCUUUUUAAGGAGACUUUGAUGGUGUGACAACUCAUCACCUUUGAAACAGGACAGAUUGUUCAAGGUGACCUCUGCAGCAGAGUUCACUUAUAACACACACUUCACCAGGGCCAGAUUAAAAUGGCAAAACAGAACUGUGCCAAAUGUUUUAAGGUAUGUUCAUUUAACUGUAGUUCAUUUUAAUAUAUGAAAGGGAGGAACUAUGAUAAAUUAAAACCAUUAAGAAGACCUUUUUAAAUAAUAAAAAUCUAACAGGCAGAAAUCAUUUCUAUUGAUCGCCAGCACCUUGUGUUACUGAGUACACUGCCAGGCACUUCUUUUGCUGCUAAAAUUAAUGCAAGAGCAUUUGAAAUCAUUCAACGUUGAUUUAUUUUGUAGAUUUUAAAGCACUUAAAGCUCUGGAGCAGCCUAAUCAAACACUUUCAAAAAUUCAAGCUAAUGCCACCAUUAUACAAGUUUUGAGUUUUUUUUCACUGCAGAAGACCUUUAGAAACAAUAUUGUCCAUGUUUUGCUAGAUUCGUACAACAUUAUAUUUUAAUAUUGGAAAUUAAUUGUAUUAAUUUUAUUUAUGUGUGUACAGAAUGAAGGUAGACCCUGGAUGGAGCACUUUAACUGGUUCUUAAGAUUUUAAUAACACAGGUGUUGUUUUGAAUGUUUGCAGCCGGAUUUCUUUUAAACCAGAUGUAGCUCAAAACAAGGUUAGGAUGUCAGGGAACACGAGUCCGAAUUUUGUAAUUUGCCAAAAUAAUUUGUUUACAAGACAGUAAAAAAGUAAGUAUAUUUUCCUUUAUGUAAAUGAAUAAUUUAUUACAGCCAAUUUAAUUACACUCGAGCUACUGAAUAUUAGAAGUAGUUGUCAGAUUGAGUCAAAUGUUGUUAAAUAUACUGGGUGCUUUAAAGUUUCUGACACAUUGUUCUGGGCUACAUGAUGCCUGAAUUGGAUACAAGACUUGUGCUUAUCAACACAUGUCCCGCUGUGGUCCUGUCACCAUUAAUGUGUUGAAUUCCAGUGUGUUUGUUCUCCGUCUAGUUGGGUUUUUUACAGCCUGGUGAAAAUGAAAUGGAUAAAUGCACUUUUUGUAACCUUAAAAACAGGGAUUUUAAAAGUAUGAGUAGGGCUGAUUUUAAAAUGAAAGAAUCUGGCUGUAACACACAUUUAGGUAGUUACUGUUCUGUGUUGUUAAAUGUUUAUUAUUAUUAUUAUUAUUAUUAUUAUUAUUAUUAUUAUUAUCGGUUUGAUUACAGACAAAAGAAACAUAUUUUAAUGUUAGGCCUUGCGAUGGUAAUAUCUUUGUCUUUCAGCUGCAUUUUGCGUCAAUACUGGUGCAUCACUUCUAACCAGUAAAACAAAUUCUAGCAAAACCCUGAUGGGUUUUCUUUAUUGAAAAUGUAUAAUGGUAUGAAUAUUCAUUCUCUGUGUCUCUCUUCUUCUUCACUGCCAUGAAAUACCGUUCUUACCCUCCUUAUGGCCAGAAUACAUUUUUAAUGGAUAUAUACUGUACAUUCCUUUAAGAAAAUGCAAAGGUUUCUCACAGUUUAGACAGCAAGUUGUACUUAAAAAACAGGUAUGUACUGUACUAGACUUGUAUCCCAGUCAGGUUGUAGUUCCACCUUCCAUCCUAUGAUGGCUGCGACCCAGGGAGACAUUAAAACUGAGGCGAUUAAAUAUCCGAAUUAGAACUAAAACAGAAUUGGAGUGGUACAUGCUAGUCUAAGUCUGAGCAUUAUAUAUUUUCUCUGCCCGAUUUUUGGAGGCAGUAUCCAUUGAGAAAAGCCCACUUUUCCCUUGAAAAAAAUGAAAAAAAUCACUAAUCCAAGUUCUGAUUCCUUUUCUAGCCAAGAAGCUCCCUCCCACUCAAUGUCAUAGAAAAAUUUACUUUGAGAAAACAAAGACAUUACCAUUCCAUUGUUAGUGUUUUCCUAAAAGAUUACAGCAUCAGUAACAGGAUGGUGAACUUAUCACCAGCCCAAGACAUACUCAUGUCUAUAGCUGUGGAUACUGGACUUUACUUUGCUGAAGGUAUUUUAAAAAUGUAGCAUACACUGUUACGGAUGUAAAGUGGGUUGAGUUUAAUUUAAAAUCAAAUAAGAAAGCAGCUACUGAGGAACAACUUGACCAAUGUCUGAAGUUACUGUUGGGGCAGACCAAUAUAUGUGGUAGCAACAGACUUGCAAUUAACUUUUCCAAAUCUGGUGUAGUGAUUAAUCUGUCAAGCUUCCUCCAUGUUUGUUUGUGUAUUGGAGACAUUUUGUGGACACAUGGUCAGAAGGAAAGAAAGACAACGGCCCAAUUUUAUUCAUAAGCAGAGGAUGGAAUAUAUUCAGAAAAAAAAAGAUUUUAAAGCUAUCCUCCAUAUACUGUAGCAAAUUAAGAACAUACUAUAGCUGCAUAAUGAGAGGCAAUAAAAAUGCAAACAAAUUAUUGUUGAAACCUCUCCAUAUAUAAGAAUAGUUGUGUCUAUUGUUAAUUAAUUAAUCGCUAGUAGUGGUUACUUACUACUAGGUAGAAAUUGUAGUAGUACUACUGUUUUGCUGGUCCUUUUAAAUACUUUGGCAGAGCACAGAUAUACUGAGAGACAGUAGAGAAUAUUUCCCUUGCUUCUGUCAGUUGCCUACAAGAAAAGACCAAACUCCCUUUUAUUUGUAACAGGAUAUAAAGAAUUUGUAAAUAGAAUUUACAACCCCUAGUCUAAAGUGUUACUGAUGUAACUGGAAUAUCAUGUAGCAUUUUGCUGGAAUUCAGCAGAUGGUUGAAAUUCAUGACUGUUAAAGCAACAAACUGGAGCACUUCAUUUUGAGUUCUCAGGUCAAGUCUCUUCUUUGUCCUUUUGUCUUCAACACCAACAGUCACACACUUCAAAAUCUUUUUUUUUUUCAUAAUCAAAAUUUACUUUCAGAUAAAAUCAGUAACAAUGCUGACUCAUAGCAGGCAACUGCUUCCCUUGUCUGUCAAAUACCCACUAACUACAUGAAGCUCCCAUUAACUUUUGGGACUGGGAGUUUGAAAAGGGCAACAGCCUCAUCACAGGUAACUCUUUCACUGGCGCUGGUUCAAUAUAAUUGGGUUCACUGCACAAAGCCCAGUUCCUCUUGUAGCUCUUUUAAAACACAUUAGCACAGCACAGAGUUCCUGAGAGGUUGAGAGAAGAUUUCCCUUGCCAUUUUCGUUAGUCUAGAAGAGAAGACAAAUGGACCAUUUGAUAGAAAGUGCAAGUCCAUUCUCACUUAUGAACCUGUCUUGGUCAUUUGGAUUCUUUUCAUUUUUCAGUUUAACCAACAUCAAGCUGCCUGCUAAACAUUUUCCGAACACAAUCAUCUCAGUUCACUAAGGUACUGUAUAAUGAUAGCCAAUACCUAUAAAUGGUAUGUAGUGACAACAGGGAGAAUACGGUUUCUGAAUAUGACCUUGAGUGCCAGACAGAUGAGUCUGGUGGAAUUGGAAUUACUGUAGGCAGAUUGAUUAAGGUCAUUAAUACCUUGUUUUUAAAUGGCUACUUUUGUUUAACUUCCAGGCAAACACCUUAUUUCUUUCAGUAACUGAGGUUUUGUUUUUAAUUUAGCAGCCCACAGAGAUAUUCAUUUCUGCAGAAACAUUACAAAAUGGGCCAUUAGAAAAAGCUAAAUUUCAGCAAUCUUCCUUUAAUAAAGAUCUAUGUGCAGGAUGUCUUAUAACUAAUGUAACAGUGUGAGUAUGCAAUUUGCUUCUGCAUUUCUCUUCAUUUCUAUAAGUUAAGUAACUUGUGCGUAAUUUUUAUUGCAUCAGCAGAACCUUAUAUGUUCAUGAUCGCCAGUAAACCGCUUUGCGUUGCAAAGAUUUCUGGAUCUUUUAUUGCAUUAAAUGUUUUUAUUAUGCUUCACCAUGUGCAAACAGGGCCAUUAUUUUAAAAAAUUCCCUGGCAUAAUCUUUGGUAUUCCUAUUUCUACAGUCUUUUUUGUUAUUAAUUUUAGCACACACUGACAGAUGUGGAGGAAGCACAUUGUUUUUUAUUAAUAAACUGAAGUUUGGUACAGUUGUUCCUCAAGAUUUACUGUACUACUGUACGCGAACUGAAAAAUGUGAAUAGUAUUUUUAUAGACUGCUGAAGAAUUGGCCAGAGUGCAUUUGUAAAUAAGGGGGAAUUGUUACAUUUUGGGAUUAUUUUCUUCUCACCUUGGAAUUGGUUUAUGUUGAACAUAAUUGUCUAUUAGUGAUACUUUUUUUCUGUAUAUAUCUGUAUUUUGGAUUGUGAUUUUUUAUUUGAAAAGCUCAUGAAUUUAGACAUUUUACUUGUGACUGUGUUUAGCACAAAUUGUAAUCGUGUUUUUAACUUCUGCACUUGCUCAUGUGGUAGGAGCUGCUUUUACUGUUUGAUGUAAUUUUAAGCCUUGUUUCCCUUCUCAUUUUCUUUUUCUGUAAAAUCAGCUGUAGAAAAUACUCUGACGCACUGUUGCAAUACCGGUUCCUGUUCUGAAUUUCUAAGCUCUGGCGCAGUCUCUCUCUAGAGCCUUAUUUCUUAGGUUGUGUUUCAGUAUUUGGUUCCUCCUUUAAUCCCCAGUGUUUGAUAUCUCUCUCCAUUUUUAUAAUUGGUGCAGUUGGGUUUUGUUACUGUGACCUCCUCCCAUGUUUGAACUGGGUAGAGAGCUAGCUGUAGGACCGACAGUGGCAGAGAGCACCUACCAGUGUUGCCAACAGCUGUUCCAAAAACUGUCCGGAAUAAACCAGAACGAGGUAGUCUCAGGGGCCAGCGUCAGUUAAGGAUUUUUAUUAAUUUAUGAACACGCCAAAACCCCAUUCAUGUGUUCUGUUGUCAGCUGGCAACUGAUAUGACCUUACUGGCCAGCCCCCCACACACAAACACUUUCUACAUCCCUCGUUUUUCACAGGGGGAGGGGGUGGGGGUCAGUGCUUGGAGAUGUUCAGACAAGCUCAGGCAGUCUCAUGGAAAAUAGCUUGUGACAAUUUAGCCACUAAUCUUUUUAAAUGUGGCGUGUUUUAAUUAGCUGAAAUGCGGGUUAACGAUGUAUAAUGCCUCUCAAAUGCUUUUCAGUCUAGUUGUUUGAAAAAAGCGUGAAGUUCAUUGAUAUAGGGCCUGCAGGAUUUUGCUCUGUUCUUCCUACAGUGUGUUAUCAUCCCCGGUUAUUGCAAACACUUGUCGCUUAAGAUAAGAGUAACAGCUGUAUACUCAUAAAACAUGCAACAUUUUCAGCUGACUGCUUUUGUAGGUUAUAACAAAGAAAACCACCUAUUCUUUUUAAUCCAGAAUGCCUUUUUCCUGAAAAGAGAAAUAACAAUAGAAAAGAGCAAUUUCCUGAAGUUUUUCUCAUUUGGAUUCAGUGCAUUUUCCCAUAUAAUUUGUAACAGAAUAAAGAAUUACCCUGAAUUCUAGUCAGGCCUUAUCUACAUCCUUUCUAAAAGUUAAUCAGAGAUAGGUAAGUCAGUCAGACCAGUACAAUGUAAAAUCAGCGAGCCUCAGAACAAUUCUAAUAAACGAGACCUCGGCGAAGCUUCACCACACAGUGUGAUAUCAUUCCUCUGUGGUGGAGAGUCUGCAUGCUCUUUCUGAAAAAUAGUGUGGCUGGGGGCGGGAUGAUUUCUGGUAUCCAAGAGCAAUAUCAGAAAAUUUUGGAGCUAGUUUAUCUUGAGGGUUUGCACGAUUUAAAAAAGACUGUCAGAGAGCUGCAAAGAGCUAGACUUUAAGCUUUGGAACUGUCUUGUACUCAGGUCCUGUAACAGUAAACGCAAUGAGGAGGUUGUGUUCAGGUUUCGUUUUGGACAAAAGCUCAGCCCAUGGAAAAAUGAAAUACUGUAGGUCCAUUACAAAGUACAAUCUCUCCUUGCAUCCUCUCUGCUAGUCUCAAAACAUGAAGCCAGGGGAAAUUGAUUAAAUUAGUUCCUUAAAGUUG